AUGAGAGCCAUAUACUGGCUAAACAUCCACGGUGGCCGCAGUCUCCAGAAUCGCUCCAAGCGUUUUGAGGAGGUGGUGUCGGAGGUUCCAGGCCCCGGGGCCUACGAUGUGCUGCCUGCUUCAGGAAACAUGCUCAGGGCCUUGACGGCUGAUGCAGGACAGGCUGAGAAGCUUGGCAGGAAAAUGUGGCUGCAGGCUAAAAGUCUCCGGCUGGUUCGUCAGUCAGAAAUCCCAUCCAUUCCUUCCCCGGGCCAGGCCUAUGGCUAUGAGGAGGACGCCCUGGGUGUGCUCAGCAAGCAGCAGCCCCCUCACAGGGACACAACCCUUGGGCCAGCGUACUACAAACCACUGCAAUCAGAGAUGAGCUCUGCCCAGAAGUAUAAAGGAGUGCACUUCGGUAACAUGACAGGGAGGAGAGGUGAGGUGACAUUGGAGGAGGGACCAGGUCCAGGACAGUACGACCCUGAGACAAAACUAGAAACGUACUACGAGAAUGUGAACCUUCAAAAGGAGCAGAAAGGCCGAGCUGAGCUGAUCAUCCCUCGCUACCACGAACUCGUGCCCAAGCAAGAGGAAAAGAAGGCGAGUACACGUUUGUGUUGUUUCCAGGACUUUGACCUCCAGGGUUCCCAUCGGUGCUCCUCAGACUGGAUGUCCAUCAGCAGCUACAGAAGCCUGGACGGACUGCGGGUCUGUGGUUCUUCCCUGCCGCCCCCCUACAUCUCUUCCCAGGACCAUGUCUGGAUCCACUUCCACUCUGAUGACAGUCUGACGGGGAAAGGGUUCAGACUGUCCUACAUCACUGGUAAGGACUCAGGACUGAGGAUUGGAGUUCCCGGUCCGGGCCAGUACUACAUCAAAAGUCAGUUUGAGAAGCCUACGAAGUCCAGCGGUAACCCGCCGAAGUUCACUUGCCCCUUUCUCUCUCAGACUGAGAGGUUUGGCCAUGUGAAAGAAGUGUCGCCACCUGUUGGUUUAUAUAAUGACCCACGCUGUGCCCUGGAGCUGCUGAAGAAGACCACCGGAGUGAAGAAAAGCCCUUUUGGCAUCACUGCAGUGCGCUUCACUCGUAACCACAAAAAAUGCUCCACACCAGGUCCAGGAUCCUAUAAUGUGUUUGAGCAUGGUUUAGCCCGGGAGAGUUUUAAAAAGGCAUUUUUAGAGAGAAGCAAGAAGGGAGGCUUUGGCUCCUCUGCUGAACGCAACUCCAUCUUCCACAACAAAGAAUCGAUAGAGGCCCCAAGUCCAGGACAGUAUGAGGCAGAAAAGAAGACAGAGGAGCACUACAAAAAGCAGCACACGGCAGUUUUCAAAUCCGCCACAGAACGUCCGGCAUUUUCAUUACCGGCUAAAGCCCUGGCCAGUACAAUGCUAGUGUGCAAUCCCCCCCUCAAAUGGCUCUGAUCUCCUCCAGAGAAGAUCGAUUCAAAGCCUUCAGGAACACCAACCCUGGACCCGGCUCUUAUCAGUUGAGUCCCAGUAUCAUGAACACAGUAAUGAAGGGCACCUUCAAUGUGACACUCAACAACCCUCUGGGUCCCUGCUGUUCCCCUCAUGUGGCCCCUGGCUCUUUAACGGCCCGCAAGACCAUUAACACUGUCGCGCCCAACUGCCUCAUUGCCAGCCACAGUUCUUAGAGCUCUGUCUGUGGGUCGAAGGUUUAGAGGUGAAAGGCAGCAAUUUUGGAGGAAGAUUUAUUCAGUGUCGCAAAGUGAAACACCUACAAUGGACUCUGCAUCUACAGCCGAUGGUUCCCUCAUUCUUUACUCUCAGUAAUGACAAGCUUGAUGCACUGAUUCAGCUGUUUUCGUGGAUCAGUUUCCUCUGUAUAAACCACUUUGUUAAUCAAUAACAAUUUAAAAGCGAUUACUAUGAAUAUUGCCUGAGGUCUUUCAAAAGCGUGUUACUCCUAAAAAGGACAUCUCGUCCACGGGGCACUUUGGUUUCUUAAAGCAGCAAUCAAAAGAUCCAAUCUGACAAAAAUAAGCCAAAGAUUAAAAACGAUGGGAAUGUUUUGCUAUACUUGCUAUAUAAUUUUACUGUACUGCUUGUGUUGGUUAAUGACAGGAAAGCUGGGUAAGUGGAAGUAAGGGAUUACAUAAGCAUGAUUUGAACUGUCUGUGUCUCAAGUCCCUGAGGCUAGGGAUUGUUAGAAAUCAUGUUUUAUUUAAUGACAAUGAACCAGCACAUAAGACCAUUAGAAAAAAAUGCUAUUAGAAUUCCUAAAGAUUACUAGCCAUACAUUAUUGCUUAGCAUGCAUAAAUGAUGAAGCCAUUCAUUAUGUAUAUUUGUGCUGACUACCAGAGAAACAGGUGUAAAAGUCACAUAGAAGACUUAUAACUUAUGUUUUAGUUUGGUUGUACACUGAUAUGCUUUGCUCACGAAUCAAAUUAACCUCACCUUUCGUUUCAUAUACAUACACACUCACAUGAUGCACAACACACAGGGACACACACCCAAAGCAAAAGAGGCAACUGCAUCUGACAGAACAUUGUUUUCAUGAACACAAACAUGAACUUUAGGUGCAAUAGCCCUAUCUAUAGUGCUGUUAUUUGGUGCUUUAGACUUGAGUUGAGAGUUUUAACUCAGCAUGCUGAGGAGAGAUAUGAUGUGUGACUACAACAUGAAAUAUUGAGUGUACAAUGCGCCGAUGCUUUGAAACGCCUGUAAGAGAAGAGAGGCUGGAGAGUCAAGAAUAGGGGUGAGAGAAACGUGUGGAGUGGUGGAAGAAGCUAUGCCUUAAAGGAGUAGCACAACAUUUUGGGAAAUGCUUAUUUGCCUUUUUGCCAAUAGUUAAUCAUAUGUCUUGAACAUGAAGCUCCAGUCAGCAGCCAGUUUUCAGUCAUUAUCCUUAGCUUAAUGACUGAAAACUGGGGUGUCUCUGCUAAUUUCCUGGCAACCUCACAGUGAUGACUGUUGCUGCCAAGAAAUAGUCUGGCAUAUAACCACAUGUAACCAAACAAGCUUGUUAAUUCGUGAGAUUUAGAGGUGAUUGUAGGUGGAUUUUAUUACCUUCGGGCUAACUUUCCCCUCCUUUUCCAGUCUUUAUGCUAAGCUACGCUAACUGAAACCUGGCUUAAUAUUUACAUGAAUGUACCACACAGACAUGAGAGUAGUAUCAACCCUCUCAUCUGACUCUAAUCGAGAAAUGUCAUAGUAUUGAUUUGACAUCAUGAAGCACUAGAUUAACGUGAUAUUUCUUUUUAACUUCUUAUCUUGAGAAACUCAACUAAGUGGACUCGCUUGAAACAGCUAGGGUUAAACCCAAGGGGUACAUUUUAUAAAAUCAAGCAUGUCGAGAUAUAUUUCUUGGAAAACUCAAGCGUGUUAAGUUUAAAAAAAAUUAAAAAGUGAGGAAGGACAAGUUGCUACAAGAAAGUAUGCGUGAAAACAUCUGAAAGUUGAAGUGAAUUAAGUUUCUGACCUUGUACACCUGGUAUCAGAGAGGCAAAUAUGGCUGGCUGGGACGAAGUGAUGCAGGCGGUUCAAAGUGUCAGAUAAACCACUUUUACUGGCCGUUACCACUGGACAGUGUAGAUUUAUGCUCCUGUUCUCUGCUGAUCACUCACCAUAAAUCAGCUAUUCAUGGCUGCGUGUGAAUGUGUGUGUUCUCGGUCCUUAAAGACAAAGAAAGAAAACAACAAGAAGUGUUUAAGCAUUAGCAAAAGAUUCACAUAUGACUGAUUUUCCAUUGAAUGCCUCACCCAACCCCCUCCCCACUUCCUGUGUAGGAUCCUUCCUUGUCCUGCUGUGUUCAAAAUGUCUCUGUGAGUGUUCGGAGUAACAGGUUCGACAGAGUACAAUGUCUCUGAUUGCUCCUGUGGGCCUUUUAACCUAAUGAGGUGUUUACCCCCUAUCAUUAUUCAGCUGGGAGCGGAGCAGAGGGAGACGGAAAGGGAGAGAGAGGGAAGGGGUGGGGGUAGAGUGAGGAUGGUGAGAGCAAAACGGAGGCAUGAGAAAGCUAAGAAAAAAAGGUGAAGGAAAAAAUAGGCUAGUGGAAGAUGGAGAAAAAUGACAGAUUGUAUACGGGCAGAGGAAAGAUCAGAGAGUUGAAAGAAAACGAGAUGCAGAGGAGAAAAGAAAGGCACGGAGGAAAAGGGAAAGAGCCUGGUGUUAUUUAUGCCUCCCUCGGCACUCGUCUUUACCUUUUUUUCCCUGCGAGCUGUUUUACAUCGGCGAUCUAAUUAAAUCAAAUAAAUCACGGUGCGCACACACAAGUACGCACACACACACACACACACAGUCACAACAGCCCCUACUGAUUCUGGGAUUGUGAACAUCUCCUCCCUCUACCCCCUCCACCCAAGAUUGAAUAAAUCUCGAUUAUGGUGCAUUACACGGCACAUCAUUCAUGUUGUUUAUAGGUCUAAAAUAUGCAAACAGACCGGGGGCAUAAAAGUGAUCGAUGCUCAAAUGGGCCCUUUUUCCUGUUCUGUUCUCAUCUCUCACACAGCACCAAGCACCGUCACUUACAGAUGUCUUGUGUGGGAUGAAGACAUAUUGUAUUGUGUCCUCACACUGUCCCCUCAUGAUGGUUAUUUUCAUUGUCUUGUGGCCAGGCAUUAGAAAGGCAUUUUUAUUACCUCAUUUACUAAAGCGCUCUGUCUCUGCUGUUGAGCCAUUAUUAAAUCUAAUUAGCUCUGCCAAACCUUGAAGCUGUCCCUGAAAGAUCUCUUGAUAAUUGUAAAAUAGAGGUACGUUGAUUUACAUGAAAUACAUGCAAACAACCAGCAGCUGCUAAAUAUGUAGUUUGUUUCCAAGAAAUACUGGAACUGCUUCUGGGAGAAUUGUUUGGGCAUAUGUUGUCCAAAUAUGUUGUUAGCAAAUGUAGAUUGUUGGGCCAAACCAAGCAUGACAUUAAUAUUCAUGUUUCAUGAUAAAUAUAGUUUCUUUCAACAAUACAAAAAGACAAAACUACAUAGAUCACUGUAAAUCCAUAUUUUUAUUUAGAAAUAUUAUUUCGUCUUGAUAGGGUAAUAUAUUAUAAAAGAAGAUUUUUAUUUCCAGCAUAGAGAUUUCUGUUUCCAAUGUGUUUUAAAUGCUUUCCCAUGACACCUAAAUGCUACUACAAAGAGUGAGUUUGAAGAUGAA